GCAUUUAGUAGAAGUGUUUAGUGUUGUCUGCGGCAGAGCGAUACGCUCCCCGUGCGAAAUGGCAGAAUAACGGCUUGCAGCGGCCAACCCAGCAGCGGCAAACGCGGCAGUGCAACGGUUCCGUGCACUGGCAACUAUAUAUUUGGCAAAAUGGCGUCCCUCGUGGCAACCCUCAGCACUGCUGUAGUCGACAGCAUAAAAGAACCGCUCGACUCCUCGUCAGCAGACUCCUAUCUCCUCCUCCUCCGAAGCCCAUUGGUCUCUCCGAGCCUGUCACAGCCUCUCCUGACCGAUGGCCGUGUCUCUGAGCGUGAAACCUGGCCUGGAAGAUCCGGAGGCCCUGCUCUGGGGCCCCUCGUUUCUGACGGCUGACCCCCCGGGGUUUUUCUUGGACGAAGAUGAAGAGGAAACCUUAGCAGAGGGGGCUCCUUCCCCCUUCUCAUCCUCCUCCUCCUCCUAUGCUGACACCUUUCCUUCCUCUCCACUCUCCUCUCUCUCCCCUCCCUCCUCCCCUCCUUCGCUCCUGGACUGUAAGGCCGGGGCCGACCUGCUGCCCUGGCUGUCUGCCGACGAGCUGCUGGACGCCCAUGUCCGUGCAGCUGACGGCAAAGAGGAUGCAUUCUCUGGAAUGGACUGGAUGGCGGAGAAGAUGGACCUGAGCGAGUUCGACCUGGAGUCCUUCAUGGGCUCCUGCAAUUCGGACGAGUCUCCCAGCUCCCCCGACGACCUCAUCGCAUCCCUCGAGUCCAACAUGGACCUGGAGCUGGAUCCCCUGCGUCUGCCCAGUCCUGACGCUCUCCUCUUCCACCCCUCCGACCCUCAGGAGCUCAACAUCGCUCUGCCCGACCUCCCUAACCUCCCUCUGCCUGAGCCCCAGGCUGAGCUGGAGAUGAAGUCAGAGCCCCCUUCCCCUGUCCCGUCUCCAUCCCUCCUCCCUCCCCCCUCGCCUACCUUCACCUUGGAUCUGGGUAGCGAGGUUGACGUCUCCGAGAGCGAGAAGGCCCAGGCCCCCAGGAUCGUUCUCUCCCUCUCCCCUUCCAAAAUCGUCCUGCUGUUGGCCCCCAAAGAAGAGCCCGUCUCCUCCACCAUCGCUGGGGCCGACGGCUCUGCCAGCCCCUCAGAAAGCGGCAGCGACUCUGGCUACGUCUCCAGCUCUCCCGAACACUGCCCGCUGUCCACCCCACCUCCGUCUCCACCAACUGGCUCCUCCAGGACCAAGCUGUACUCCACCCCCACCAAGCCCAGACCCGCCCUGGAGCCCCCGGCCAUGACAGGGAGGGUGAAGUCCGCCGCUGAUGGCGGGGCGCCCAAGGUGGUGGAGAAGAAGCUGAAGAAGAUGGAGCAGAACAAGACGGCGGCCACCCGCUACCGGCAGAAAAAGAGGGCAGAGCAGGAGGCGCUGAGCGUGGAGUGCGAGGCACUGGAGCAGAAGAACCGUGAGCUGGCGGAGAAGGCGGAGUCCAUCAGCAAAGAGAUCCAGUACCUGACGGAUCUCAUCGAGGAGGUACGCAAAGCCAGGAGCAGGAAAACCAAGACUACAUCCUGAAGCAGGAAGAAAGCAAGAAGCCCUCCAGUAUAAAAAAAAAAAUACAAAAGUUUCAGUGUGUACCCCAGAGUCAGGGGCCUGAAAGACAGGCGCA